CUUGCAUUCCAUGAAUAUUCACUUAGUCCUUAUUUGUGAUAACAACAUACUCUAUCAAAAGAAGAAAUGGAGCACAAGACAUUGACCAAAGCCAAAUUCUUGGAGAUUCUCAAGAAGAAAGAAGCUACUGAGGAUGUUCAGCUGGAUAAAGUGGAGUUGAAAUCUGGUGCAGAAAAGGGUCAAAACUACUCUGGCCUUGUGGUGGCUUGCCAUUUGGAAGCUAAGGUCAAAGGCCAACCCAAGACUUACGACUGGAUGGCCAAAGUACCUUUGGAUGAUCCGACCAAGUUUGAUUGGCUUCGAAUGACUCAUAUGGAAGAAAAAGAGUUGGGAUUUUAUCAAGACGUCAUCCCUGCCUUGAAGGACUUCAUCACCAAAAAAGGCUCAGCCAUUCAGUUGGGCUUUUGUCCAUUUGUAUAUGGCGAAUUCAAUAAGGACAUUCCUAAAGAAAAAGUUGUGCAAAGUUCCAUGAUCAUCAUGGAACAUCUCGGUCAGAUGGGUUUCUCUGAACCCGUCAAUAAGAAAUCUGGGCUUGACUUGGAUCAUGUCAAAUUAGUGAUGAAGUCUCUGGGAGAAUUCCAUGCAGCCUCACAUGCAUUUUAUAAGGCCAAAUACGGUGGCUUCGAGAAUAUCGUCGACAAAGACCCCAUCCAAACCAAAGACUACUUUGCCGAAAUUAUGGCGCAUUUCAAUGAUACUUUAGCCGAAGGCUUUUUUCUAACUUUCUCAAAUAUUGGUGAAGAUGGACACAAAUAUGUGGAAUCUUACAAACGAUUCGCUAAAGACGUAAUCGAUCCACUAACCCUACGAGACCAAUUGAGCGGUCCCACCGUUUGCAAAUUCAACGUGCUUUGCCAUGGUGACCCAUGGUUCAAUAAUAUGAUGUUCAAAUACGACGGACAAAAGCCUACUGAGGUUUGUCUAUUGGAUUUGGCCCUCACCAAAUGGGCCUCCCCAACCAUCGAUUUGUCCUAUUUCUUGUACAUGUCAACCACACCCGAGCUUCGGCAAGCUCACAUGGAUGAGAUCAUGGACUACUAUCACAAAUGCCUCACCAAAUCUCUCAAGGAACUGGGCGAGGAUCCAAGUGUCUUAAGCCUCAGCGAGUUAAAGGCUGAUUACAAGAAAUGCUCCUUCUUCGGAUUUAUGAUGUCAUUACUUGUUUUGCCCUUGAUAUUGGCUAAGAAAGAAGAUACCAUUGGCUCUGAAGAAUUGCCUGGCGAUUUCGCCGAUUCAGAGGCUAUGGAGAAAUUUGCUCAAAUUCACAAUGAUCGAACCAAGGUUACAAUGAGCAAUGAGCCUCAAAUUGGCCAUCGGAUUUCCCGGGCGUUUUUGGAAAUGGUGGAUAAUGGUUAUUUCACCCUAUAGAACAGUUCAAGUAUUGAAUUGUACAAUGUUGGCAGCCCGUUUUUUGCGUUUUAGUGUCAAGAAUUAAAGAUAUCUAGAAAACUGA